AUGGGUUGGCUGGCCAAGUAUGACGUCGUCAAGGAUCUUGGUGAAGACCCAUUUUUCUUCCCGAAUCAACCUACAUUUUCCACUGCACAUGAUUUCAGGGGGUAUGCUGCAUUGGAUUGGCAAUUUGAUUUGCCAAUCGUACAAGAUCAUAGCUUUCUUGAUCCUCUUCCACUCGAGAGCUGCGCGGAUAUUGAUCCUAUUUACUCCUCACUCGACAUUCCACCAAUCCGAACUGUAUUAGAAGUUGAAGUUAAUCUAACCAAUAUCAACAACAACAAGCAACCUUUGCUUCCGACAUGCGAAAAUGAAGAAAAUGGCAUAACUGACGAGAACGAGUCAAGGGAAGAGAGAAAUAAGGUGAUUAGUAAGAGGCCACACUCUUAUAAAAGACAUAGAUCAUCAAGCUCCUCUCUCUCUUCCUCCAAAAUGUUGUCAAGAGAGACCGUUUCGCAGUACUUUUACAUGCCAAUCACUCAGGCAGCAAAAGAACUCAACGUAGGGCUAACCCUUCUCAAAAAAAGGUGUCGGGAGUUAGGCAUUCGUCGGUGGCCUCACCGGAAGCUGAACAGCCUUCAAACCCUAAUCCGAAACAUUCAGGAGUUGGGAAAGGAAGGAGAAGAGAGCUCAGAGAAGCUUCGGAAUGCGAUCACGUUGCUGGAGAGGGAGAGGAAGCUGCUGGAGGAAGUGCCUGACAUGCAGCUUGAAGACAAUACGAAGCGUUUGAGGCAGGCCUGCUUCAAAGCCAAUUACAAGAAGAGGAAGAUCAUGGGGAUGAAUGUUAUGGGACAAUCGCUAUCAUCUUUCAGUUGCAGCAACAUUCAGUAUCCAACAAGCUCGAUGGAUGCUGACGAUGAAGACGAAGAAAUUAAGUCUCUCUUGUCCGACUCUUUUUCCUCAAAUAACAAUGCAUGCAACACUCUAUUUUAA